GGGGGCGGGACUUCCGGGGGCGCCUUUGUGGUGUCUGAGUUCUCUGUGGUUCCCGGGACUGUUCCGUGGCUUAGUGCGUCCGGAAACCUCAGUCCCGACCGACGUGAAUGGAAAGCGCGAAAAGAGGGCCUGUUCCCGCAGCAGUGGCGGCUGCGAGGCGCCCUCGCCCCCGCCCGGUCGCCCGCCGCGUCCCGCCCCGCUCUUCCCACUGGUCGGAGGCCGAGGCCGCGCCGGUGAAGCCGGCGCAGGUUCCCAUGGCAUUUGCAGAAAUGCUUAUGGAUCCUGUACAGGUGCAUGGAGGAUGUGACAGUUGGAGGACACCCCAGUUGUCCCCCUGAUGGUUUUGCCACUCCCAUAUAAAGAAUGAUGGUGUCCUGAGAUUGCUCACCUGUUCUCCCUCCCUUGGGUCUAAAGUCCCUGUGGUCUCAUCAAAGCCCAGGGUCUUGAACUCAUCCCUGGAUUCUAUGGAGCAUUGCCCAUUUGUGACAACCAAUGGGGGGUUUGUGGUUUUUACAGACGUGGCCGUGCGCUUCUCCCAGGAGGAGUGGGGGCUCCUCGAUGAGGCUCAGAGACGCCUGUACCACAGUGUGAUGCUGGAGACCUUUGCACUUUUGUCAUCACUAGGUUGCUGGCAUGGAGCCCGGGAUGAGGAGGCCCCUUCAGGGCACAGUGUUUCUGUAGGAGCAUCACAGGUCAGGACUCCAAAGCCAGGCCCGUCCGUCCAGGAGGCCCAGCCCUGUGAGACGUGUAGCUCACUCUUGAAAGACCUUUUGCGCUUGGCUGAACAGGACGGUAUACACCCCGAGCAAGGCCUGUACGCCUGUGGGGGAGAGUGUUGCCAGCACCAAAAGCAUCAGAUUAGAGCGGAACUUUCCAGGAGUGACGAAGGGAGGUCUUCAUUUGUGAAGAACUGCAGAGGUCACAUGGCAGAGACGACCUUUAUGUGCAGUGAAGAUGGGAAGGACUUCCCAGCCAGCUCAGGCCUUCUCCAACAGCAGGUUCCUCAGCUUGUUGGACGGCCACACUGGGGCACAGCUGGUGGAGAGGACUUUCAAAAUGAACAGAAUUAUUAUAAAUGUACUCAGUGUGGGAAAAUCUUCAGUCAUAAACAUAUACUUGUUGACCAUGAGAAAAUCCACACUGGAGAAAAGCGUCAUGAGUACAGAGAGUGUGGGAAGGCCUUCCUUAGAAAGUCCCACCUCCAUCAGCACCAGAAAGGCCACGAUGAAGGUCAGUUUUAUGAGAACCCAAAAUGUGGAGGAUGUCUUACACGGAUACCUGGCCUUGGUGACCACCAGGGUAUUCACGCCAGGCCGAGGCCUUUUGAGUGCAGCCAGUGUGGGAAGGCUUUCCUUAGACUGUCCCAACUUGUUGGUCACCAGAAAAUCCACACAGGAGAAAGGCCUUAUGGUUGCAGUGAAUGUGGAAAAUUUUUUAGGAAUCGCUCUACGCUCAUUAGACAUCAGAGAGUUCACACUGGAGAGAGGCCAUAUGAGUGCCUUGAAUGUGGGAAAGCCUUUACCCGCAAACAUAAACUUGUUGAGCAUCAGAAAAUCCACAGCGGUGAAAAGCCUUAUGAAUGCAGAGAAUGUGGGAAAGCCUUCAGCCGCAAAGACAAAGUUGUUGAACACCAGAAAAUCCACACCGGAGAGCGACCUUAUAAGUGCAGCGAAUGUGGGAAAGCUUUCAGCCGCAAACAUAAACUUGUUGAGCACCAGAAAAUCCACACUGGAAUAAGGGCUUAUGAGUGCAGAGAAUGUGGCAAAUUCUUUAUGGACAGCUCCUCGCUCAUUAUUCAUCAGAGAGUCCACACUGGAGAGAGGCCUUAUGAGUGUGGUAAAUGUGGGAAGUUCUUUAGGUACCGCUUCACACUCCUUAGACACCAGAGAACUCACACUAGAGAAAGGCCUGAUGCGUGCAGCAACGUAGGAAAUCCUUUAGUUGCAACUCCAAACUCAUUAGACGUCAGACAAAUCACAGCAGAGAAAGGCCUUAUUAGUGCAGCUAAUGUGGGAAAUUUUUGUGUUACAACUCCAGUCUCAUUACACAACAGAGAGUUCACACUGAUGUGAGUCCUUAUGAGAACUGCGAAUGUGCGGACAUCUCUACCUACAUCUCUGGCCUUGUUAAACAUUGGCAGAUUUCCAACAAUGGAGAAAUGCCUUAUGAGUGCAAUGAAUGUGGGAGAAUCUGUUAAUUUGAUUUAUGUCAUUAUAAACUAAUUUGCAUUUCUUUAAUUUUUAUGUUCUUGGAAUCCUGCAGUAUACUGUUAUGUGACUGCUUUUCCUUACAUUUUUACAUAAAAGGAAUCCCAAAGUA